UAAUUAUUCAAACUAAAUUGAAAAUUAUGCUUCAGAGAGGAGGAAUUUGUGAUAUUCGUUGUCAGGCAUUUUGGACAUCAGUUAUUAAAAAUGAAGAAGCAAUGCGAAGAAAAUGGUACAAUAAAAAUAAAGAUUUAUUAUUGGAAAAUUUUAAAUUAGAGGAUCAAAAACUUCAAGAAUUAAAACAACAGCUGUCGUCAAAAAAAAGUUCAUCAAAAAAAAGUUUUGACAAAAAAAAGAAACAGAUAAAAAGAAAAGCAAUAAAAUCAGAUGUAUCUCAACAGGAAAAAGAUACAAUUAAUUUUAGUUUUAUGAAGCCAAUUGAUUUGAAAGUGAAAAAUAUUCUUUACGAAUCUGGUGUUGAAUCUUAUGCCGCGGCAAAUAAUUAUUUACGCGAAAGAUAUAAAGAAAAACCUGUGGAUCGUUUUAAUUAUAAAGAAUGUUCAAGUUGGGAAAUUGGAUGGCGUUUAAAAGAUUAUCCACCAAUUCCUCUAUCACAAGUGGGAAUUCGAUCGAUUAUACAAACAUCAUUUUAUAGACGGGAUGCAUCAAGUUUAACACGCGAUCCAAAUUGGUAUAGAAUGUGUCAAACUACAAAUGCAAAAAAUUUCAACGAACUUUAA